CCCGGGGACUUGGGGCCGGGGAACCGGGGGCCGGGGGUCGCCGGGGUGGAAGGCGCCGCUUGCCGCCUGCCACGAGAGCAGGGAGGCCGGGCCUGGCAGCUGCGCGGCCGGGGGAGGGGACGCGGGGUGGGCCCCACCUGAGCCCCACCCCGCCCCCGCUCUGAGCGUGCGGAGCCGCGCAGCACGUGGCGCGCCGAGGCCCGGGCGCAGGGGCACCUUGCGGGAACCCGGACCCGAGCGGGCGUGGACGACCUGGCUCCCGGGCCUGAAACCCGUUGUCGCGGAGCUGACCUCUGCAAGGGGCGGGCGAGUUGAAGCAAGCACCAAGGGAGGAGGCCAUCAGCCAGGCAUAACCAAGAACGCCGUCACCAUGACAACCAGUCACCAGCCUCAGGACAGGUACAAAGCCGUCUGGCUUAUCUUCUUCAUGCUGGGUCUGGGGACGCUGCUGCCCUGGAAUUUUUUCAUGACAGCCACUGCGUAUUUCACAAACCGCCUGGACAUGUCCCAGAAUGCGUCCUUGGUCCCUGCUGAACCGAGCAAGGACAUCCAGGCUUCGGCCGGCCCCUCAGCACCCUUGCCAGAGCGGAACUAUCUCAGCGCCAUCUUCAACAACGUCAUGACCUUAUGUGCCAUGCUGCCCCUACUGCUGUUCACCUGCCUCAACUCCUUCCUGCACCAGAGGAUCCCCCAGUCUGUGCGGAUCCUGGGCAGCCUGGUGGCCAUCCUGUUGGUGUUCCUGAUCACUGCCAUUCUGGUGAAGGUGCCCCUGGAUGCUCUGCCCUUCUUUGUCGUCACCAUGAUGAAGAUCAUGCUCAUUAAUUCGUUCGGUGCCAUCCUGCAAGGCAGCCUGUUUGGCCUGGCCGGCCUCCUGCCCGCCAGCUACACAGCCCCCAUCAUGAGUGGUCAGGGCCUGGCAGGCUUCUUUGCCUCUGUGGCCAUGAUCUGCGCCAUCGCCAGUGGCUCGGAGCUGUCGGAAAGUGCCUUUGGCUAUUUUAUCACAGCCUGUGGGGUUAUCAUUUUGACGAUCGCCUGUUAUCUGGGCCUGCCGAGGCUGGAAUUCUACCGCUAUUACCAGCAACUCAAGCUCGAAGGGCCCGGGGAGCAGGAGACCAAGCUGGACCUCAUUAGCAAAGAUCCUUCCACCACCUGUCACCCCCCAGGAGAGGAGUCAAAAGCAGGCCAAGAGGAGGCCAGAGUUUCAGCCCCCAACUCUCAGCCCGCCGACGAAAGCCACUCUGUCUGCGUCAUCCUCAAAAAUAUCUUAGUCCCGGCUCUCUCCGUCUGCUUCGUCUUCACCAUCACUAUUGGGAUGUUUCCUGCCGUGGCUGCCGAGGUCAAGUCCAGCAUUGCGGGCACCAGCGCCUGGAGAGGCUACUUCAUUCCUGUGUCCUGUUUCCUGACUUUCAAUAUCUUUGACUGGCUGGGCCGGAGCCUCACAGCCUUCACCAUGUGGCCUGGGAAGGACAGCCGCUGGCUGCCGAUCCUGGUGCUGGCCCGGCUGGCCUUCGUGCCUCUGCUGCUGCUGUGUAACGUCCAUCCCCGCCACAACCUGGCCGUGGUCUUUGAGCACGAUGCCUGGUUCAUCUUCUUCAUGGCUGCCUUCGCCUUCUCCAACGGCUAUCUCGCCAGUCUCUGCAUGUGCUUUGGGCCCAAGAAAGUGAAGCCAGCCGAGGCAGAGACAGCUGGAGCCAUCAUGGCCUUCUUUUUGUCUCUGGGCCUGGCGCUGGGGGCUGUCUUCUCCUUCCUGUUCCGGGCAAUCGUGUGACCGAGGAUGGACGGAAGGAUGGCACCGGCCACCUGCUCCUGCCUUCCUUCUCCUUCAGGGAUGGGCAGGGGUCCUCUGGAGGUUUUCUUUACUAGCCGACUUCUGCUGUCUCACGGCCUGUGCUGGGCCCAGCAUCCGGGCCUGGAGGAGAGAGCCUCUGAGGAUGGACGGUGGGGACACUGUGGGCCUGAGAGUCAGAGUUGAGGGAGGGGACACAGCCUCUGUGUCUGCUCAUGUGCUCCCCGCACCCGCCCCCUGCACUUAGCUCUGAUCGAUCCCUGCCUGGCAGAGCGGCAGAGGCUCCUAGUCUCAGAGAGUGUAUGUCAUGUGUCUACCUGUUUGCCUGUACCAGGGGUGGCUAGGGGUCAGGACUGCUUGUUCUGAAGUCUUAUCUGAUACUUCUGCCCCCUUCUCCCCAUGUGCCUCUUCCCUCCACCUCCCCAUGUUCUUGCCCAUCAUGAACCCUGUACAGUCACCAUUUUACUGACUUUUUUUUACACUCAAACCAGGUGCCUUCAAAGGCUCUCUGAUUAAAUAAACUCUUUUUUUUUUUUUUC